ACCCUGAUGAACUUUGCUCAGUCAUGUGAUCCAAGGGACAAGAAACGAAUCUCACCAACAGAAAAUGGGGGGCAAAACUAAGUUUUUAAAUUUGUUUGGUCGAAUUAGAUCUGUUGUGAUUGGCAUGAUUCACGUUAAGUCCUUACCAGGAAGUCCUUUUAACAAAUCAAGUGUUCCUGCAAUAGUUGAAGAUGCAUGUCGCGAAGCAGAGAUCUACAGUUAUGAAAGAAUCGACGGUCUCAUCAUUGAAAACAUGCACGACCUUCCCUACACGCUGGCGGUGGGUCCGGAGGUUUGCGCUUCCAUGACAGCAGUUUGCGCAGCAGUCAGACGGACCUGUCCGUCGCUUCCCCUGGGGAUACAGAUCCUUUCUGCAGCAAAUCACCAAGCCUUGGCUGUAGCUCUGGCAUCAGGCCUUGAUUUCAUUCGUGCUGAAGGAUAUGUCUUUUCUCACAUUGCUGACGAGGGUCUUAUAAAUGGAUGUGCGGGCGACCUGCUGAGGUAUCGCAAGCAAAUAGGAGCUGAGCACAUUCAGAUCUUCACAGAUAUUAAAAAGAAACACAGCUCCCACGCUCUUACAUCAGAUGUGAACGUGGUGGAAACAGGAAGAGCAGCAGAAUUCUUCCACUCAGAUGGAUUGAUCCUAACAGGAACAGCCACGGGAAUACAGGCCAAUCCAGCUGAACUCCGAGAGGUCUCGCAGGCAGUUAGAAUCCCAGUCCUGAUUGGCUCAGGAGUGACUCUGUCCAAUGUGGAACACUACCUGGAUGCAAGUGCAAUGAUCAUUGGCUCCUAUUUCAAGAAAGGCGGUUAUUGGGCCAAUGAUGUCGACCCAGAAAGAGUCAAGAAUUUCAUGGGGAAGAUUCAUGAACUCAGAGGAUGAAAAGGAAUAGUUUUAAAAGAUCCAAAAAGGUCUCAGCUACUAUGAAUAAUGUAGCUGAAGUGUGUGUUUUUCACAGGUCUUGUUUGUUUUGGAUUCAGUAAACGAUUGAAAAGUGUGUCAAUUGCGGAUUUAUAGAUGAAUUGUUAGUUCCAUAUGAAUGUCAGUAUACAGUUAUCUAAAUAAAAACCAUUUUUAACUUCACUGACAAUUUGACAAAUAUUACAAUGGAUCUUAAUUAUACAGUAUUAAUGGGAUAUAGAGAAGACAUUUUUAACAAACAUUGGCUUAUAUGUUAACCAUUAUGCCGCUCAUUUCUGAGGCUAACAUUACUUUUUCAUGAGAAGCGAUUCGAAGAUGCGACAUACAAUCAUAAUGUGUUAGAAACAGUAAAUCGUUGAAUAAUCAUCCAAUUCAAAUACAUAAUCUGGUUCAACAUUUUCGCUUCUUUAGACUUGUUUCCUGCUAUUGAGUCCUGUUAUGUAACACAACUGUACAACAUGAAGCCCAAUAUUAAAAAAAUAAAAGAUAAUCUGAAUAGUAA